AAAUAAUUCGUCUUCCUAAUUAAACAAUUUUAAUCUCUCUCUCUAAAACAAAACUGAUUACAGUAGAGAGAGAAACUAAAAUUAAUGGGAAAAGGAGGAGGCUGUGUGCCGAGCAAGACAAAGCCUCCAAUCGGAGGAGCAUCAUCUGAUCAUGAUGAACCCAUAAUCAACUAUUCUUCUUCAACAAUCGAAGAAGAACAACAGACCGUCGUCAAAAAUCAUCAUGUCCCAAUCAAAAGAAAGCUCAAAAUCUUCAUUGUCUUCUACUCUAUGUAUGGUCAUGUCGAGACCCUGGCGAAGAGACUGAAAAAAGGUGUCGAUGCAAUAGACGGUGUUGAGGCAGUUCUGUACAGAGUUCCCGAGACUUUUUCGCCGGAAAUUCUUUCCCAAAUGAAGGUUCCACUUAAAGAUGAUGAAAUUCCGGUUAUAUCGCCGGCGCAGCUGACGGAGGCCGACGGGUUGUUAUUCGGUUUCCCUACAAGAUACGGUACUAUGGCAGCCCAAAUGAAGUCAUUCUUUGAUUCCACCGGUGGACCACUUUGGGAAAAACAGAAGCUUGCCGGCGUUCCCGCCGGAUUCUUUGUUAGCACCGGAACUCAAGGUGGCGGCCAAGAGACAACCGCAUGGACAGCAAUAACUCAGUUGGUUCAUCAUGGAAUGCUGUAUGUACCAAUUGGUUACACCUUCGGAGCAGGAAUGAUGGAAAUGGACUCCAUUAGAGGCGGCUCGCCUUAUGGAGCUGGGGUUUUCUCCGGCGACGGAUCGAGGAAGACGAGUGAAGUAGAAUUGGCGCUUGCAGAGUUUCAUGGAAAAUACAUGGCCACCAUAGUUAAGAGAAUUGCACAUUUGUGAUUGAUUUGUACUACUGUUUUCAUGCAAAUAAUAAUAAUAAUAAUACAUUAUUUUGAAUUUGAAUUCUAGUUUUGGGUUAAGAGGCCUAAUUGGUUUAUUUCAUUCAGAAGAGAACAUACACAUAUAGGAUAAGGGGCAGCAUUA